AUGUCGCCGCCGACGCCCAAGUCCUACGCUGCCGACAUCCACGCACCUCCGCCCGCAGGUCCUCUUGGUGCAUGUCCGCCAGCUCACUUGGUUACCGUGCCCGCCGCAGCAUUUUCCUCGCCGCCGCCGAGAAGAUCUUCGUCCAUGCCACCGCCGUGCACGCCCCAGAAACCACUCUCUGCGUCGGUCUCUGCCUCUCCUCCCGGCACCACCACCAGCGCCGGCUCCGCCCAGUGGCGCCUGCCACCACCGCCGCCCUCGGCUCCGGUGACCGCUCCCGUCCUCCUGGCACCAACCCUUCACCUCCGGCGAUCCUUCCGCCAGCAACCACCGACACAGACCGGAGGAAACCGCGCCCGCCACGUGGCAGGCGGCCACUGGCCCGCGGACUACACAGUCCCCUGCACAGUCAUCUGCCACGUCAGAUGUCGGUACAGUACGAACGCCCAGUCAACAGAGGGCAAAGUUUUUGCGACGUUUUUAGUGACUGUACCUAAGUAA